AGCUUUUGGUUCCUUGCUAGUGAUAGAAACCACUAUUGGUGGUUCCAAUCAUCGUCGAGCUAAACUCUUUCCGAUUGGCAAUAACGCCCCAGCUCUAUUCAAGAUCGCGCAUUUCCUGAAUCUGAUCGAACGCGAUCGUUACCGAAAAUGGCUGCGCCCCCCGGUCUGGACGCGGACGCUCGUGCGGUGGACCUAAAGCAGCUUCCUGACGAGUUGAAUGACAGCGUCUAUGCCACCGACAAGUACGCACUGCUGCUGGAUCCCACGGGGCUGGGCUACAACUUUCUCAAGUACCGCGGGCGGUGCCUAUCCGCCAUGCGCCAGGGCGACUUCGAAAAAGAAUCCUUGCGAAAAGGGCUGGUGCAGACCAUGCACAACGGCGCCUGGUUGGUGCUCGACGCGGACGUCCUCGAUGUGGACUGGGCGUCGCUGUGCGAAGACAACACGUGCUUUCCGCCUGAGGCCUUCCAGAGGCCGUCGGCGCUGUUUGAUCUAGACGUGUACGCGCGCCUGCCGCGGCCGGCAGACGAGUUUGCCGCGAAGGUGAGUUACGAAAAUUUGAACAUCGAGCAGGAGGGUCUCACCGACCGGACGAAAACCUUCGCGCCGGAGAAGUGCGUCGACAUUGACGCACGUUUUCAGCCGAAGGAGUCCUUUCGCUUGAUCGUGGUCACGAAAAAGACGCAAUGUCCGGCGUUUCUGAAGGGAAAAAUGGACAUCCUCACCAUCGCCGCGCCCGCAGACGCGACGGCGGACCAGGGGCUGUGGGCGGGUGGCGAGGCCCCGGUGAUUGAGCGCUCGGCCGCCCAAAAGAAACUGGACAAGGAGUUCGUGGAGUGCUGCUUCGAUGGAGAUUUGGACGAAGUGAAGAAGUUGCUGGAAAAAGGAGCGGACAGCAACGCGGUAGACACAAGGAAAUACACCGGGCUAUCUGAAGCGGCUUGCAAUGGUAUACUAGGCGAAGUAGAUGAAGAUGCGCUGUUGCUUAUUCUUGCCACGUGAGACCCUUUAUGAUCAUGUCUUAAGUCCUCGCAGAGCAAGCUCCUGCUAAGGGGAGGCCAAAUCUACCGAUUGAUUCAUCAGGCCAAAAAGCGGUUGUCGAGUACCUUCUUGCGUACAAUCCGCCGCUGGGGUCUGACCCAAACGCAAAAUCUGCGGAAGGGCGCACGGCGCUGCACCGAGCGUGUUUCAAUGGCCACUGCGAGGUCGUAACGCUUUUGCUGCAAAACGGGGCGGACCCCCGAAUAAAAGACAAGAUGAAUGAGAGGCCGUACGACAUUGCAACGAGUAAAGAAAUUCACGCCUUGUUGGAUAGCUGGAAGCUCGAGGACUCCUUGCACAUAAUGGAGGAAAGGAAAAAAGCUCGGGAAGCAGCGGAGGAAGGCUUGGUCCAAAAUGACGAAGAAAGUAUAUCGAUUUUUUGUCCGCUGUUUCUUAAUAUGUCUUCUUCUUUGCUAUAAUUUCUUUUCGGAACUGGAGUGCUGUGCACCGGGCGUGUACCGAAAAUAAAAAUGGUCCUGUAGAAGCGUAGUUACCUAGAAGUAGAUAGCAUAGCGGAGCGCUAACGACACACAGGAAAGCGGCUUCUGAAGAGUCGCAAGACGGCGAAGAUCUUUCAACUUGUCGAGGAGGGUGACGUUACGAUGUUGGACAUCGAGCUGGUUGACGUCGAAAGCAAUAUCAGCACCUACAGGGACGACCGCGGAAACACCGCCCUACACCUAGCGGCGUGGAAAGACCGCAUGGAGGUGUGCGUGUACCUUCUGGACGAAGCAAACGCCCAGGUCGAUGCCCGCGACAGCAAGGGCUGGACGCCCCUACAGAUCGCCAGCUUUCACGGGAACCGCAAAGGCUGCGAGCUGCUGCUGUCCAAGAAGGCGAACCCGGAGUUGCUGAAUGCCUACCGAAAAAGCGCCAUCGAUCUGGCAAAGGACGACGAGGUGAAAGCAGUGCUGUUAGCAGGUACUGUUCGACUACAACCUAUGUGCGGGGGUCAGGUACUUUUCGUACAACAAUGCCAAUCUAAUCAAGCAUAAGACUUUCUUGAAAAAGCUGACAGUUCCAAAGCCAAGUUACAAAAACCGCAUGACUCAAAGGUACAGCCAAUGCGAUACGCGUGUCAAAGGAGAAACCCGACCUGUCAUCCUUGCCGGCCCCUGCUGCUGCGCCUAAAGCCAAAGCAAAAGCCGGCGGUGGCCUCGUCGGUAAAGCAAAGGCAGCAGGAAAAGCGAAGGCAAAACCCAAAGCAAAAUCUGCAGCGUGAGGACAUUACACCCCUUCCGAUUUUCUACCAUGUAAGAUACAGUCGUCUUUUACUUCGUUUCAUUGUUUUUCUUUGCAGUUUCGGUUUCUGAAUUUGUCAGCUUGUCCUUCGCCGGGGAAGACGCGAAGCAGGGAUGCAUAAGCAUAUGAUGAAAUGGAGAACCGCAGCCGAACUGACCUAAUCUUAGUGCAAAAGUGGAAGUUCUUCAUGCUCACACUACUCCUAGGCCGAUAAUCGUUUGCAUGACAUGCACUGGGGCCGCUCGAUAGAAACAAAUACUUCAUACGCUCCUGGCGCAUAAAGAUAGCCUAAAUGUAAAAACCGCUGUUCUGUAAAUUCGUUCUUCUGUUCGGUUUAACAAAGCGAACGGACCUGCGAAAUAUUUGCCACAGGAGAUCUCCACCUUUUGAAGCAUGUUACGAUUGGAAACAUCGGACAAGUUGGAUCUCCUGUUUUUCGCACUGCAAAUGCCCAAGAUUGUUUGGCACAGGAAGUAGAUCAUGCAUCCCCUGCUCAAGUAGAGCGAGGAUGAACACAUCAUGAACAUGAUAUUUGGAAACUUGAUCGCUAUGCAAGCUUUUUCGCGGUCAGCGCCAGGCUAACAGCAAGUUUUUUUUUUUCGGAAAU